GUCAUAUCUUAGAUUUCUCCAUUUUUUAAGGGUUUCACUUUCAGUUUUCCCCCCCACUUCUCAUGCUCACUGCGCUUUCUCUCCCUCGGUCUUGGACAAUCGACUGUGUCGUCCGCCCCGUCCACCUUCCUCACCGUCGUUUACUAUUUUGCCCUCUCACAGCCUCACGGCCUCUCUCUCAUCCAGUCGUUCGAUUUCCAAUUGCAGCAAGUCCAACUCCAAAAGAUCUUCAUUUCUGAUAUCCCACAUUCAGGGCCUCAGGUUUAGCUAAUCUUUAGUGCGAGGUCAAAUGAUUAAUCUUUUCCUGAGUGGCAACACUUCCUGAGUCAUGCCUGCUAUAAAAAAGAAUUCUGAAUGCAGUCGGAUUGGGAAUGUUUUCCACAAGUUGAUGAGACAGAUUGGAAAUCCAGUUGAUUUUGAACUUCCCGAUUGGUUUAGCAAAUGGAAGCCUAUGCCAUAUACCUUCAUCAGGCGUAAUAUCUACCUCACAAAGAAAUUUAAAAGACGGGUUGAGGAUGAUGGAAUAUUUUGCUCCUGUAGCCCUUCACCAGGAUCUCCAGGUGUCUGCUGCGAUAAAGAUUGUCAUUGUGGGAUGCUGCUGUCUAGCUGUUCUUCAGGCUGCAAGUGUGGGGUUUUAUGUCUUAACAAACCAUUUCAGCACCGACCCGUGAAGAAGAUGAAACUGGUCAAGACUGAGAAAUGUGGCUCGGGGAUUGUAGCUGAUGAAGAUAUCAAACAAGGAGAGUUUGUAAUUGAAUAUGUUGGAGAAGUAAUUGAUGAUAAGACAUGUGAAGAAAGGCUAUGGAACAUGAAGCAUCGUGGGGAGACAAACUUCUAUUUGUGUGAGAUCAACCGUGAUAUGGUAAUUGAUGCCACAUACAAGGGAAAUAAGUCGAGAUAUAUAAAUCACAGUUGUUGUCCCAAUACUGAGAUGCAGAAAUGGAUUAUAGAUGGAGAAACAAGAAUCGGCAUAUUUGCAACUCGAGACAUACCAAAGGGCGAGCAUCUAACUUAUGAUUAUCAGUUUGUUCAGUUUGGUGCAGAUCAAGAUUGUCAUUGUGGUGCUGUUGACUGCAGAAGAAAGUUGGGUGUAAGACCUACUAAACCAAAGACAUCUUCAGAUGCUGCGUUGAAACUUGUAGCAAGCCAGGUGGCUGUAUCUUCACCGAAGCUGAAAGCGUACUUGUCUAAAAGAGAUGUUUACAAAAAUGGAACUUUGCACGUAGGAAGUUCAAAACAGGCAUGUAAUCAGCAAGCGGUGCACACCUCUAAUUGCAUAGGUGAGGUCAUUUGGAUUGCUCGCCCAAUCAGUGGAAGGUCUUUUGGUAUUAUAAAGAGGUUUGAUCAAUAUUCCAGAAAGCACACUAUCAUGUUUGAAGACGGCAAUGUUGAAUUUCUUGACAUGUCAAAAGAGGAUUGGGAAUUUGCAAGGCCUGUGAUAGAGUUGUAGGAGUUCAGCAUUAAUGUGAGAACUGUGCAUCAGGAAAUCAGCAAACUCAAGAUGGAAAGUUCGCUUACCUUUUGGGAAACUAAUGUCAGUCAGUUAGAUUAGGCAUCCUAGGGUUUGUCUUAGGUUGUAUACUAAGCAAAACUUCUAAUGCUCGACUUAUUGGUAGCUCAAAUUUGAAAACCAAUAUCCCUUGCGGGAAAAAUACAAAGGAAAAGGCAAAGAUGAUUGUAUUGUAUUGGAUUGGAUUCUUCCUCACAUGUUCGUGAGAAUGUUGUAUGAUAUGUAAUUUUGUUCUUUUACAUAAGAAAAAAGAAUAAGGACUCAAACAAAGCCGUUUCUAGUUUGUAUUCUUUGGAUGAUCAGCUUGGGAAUUAUUGUACUAAAAGUAGGAAAGUGGUACUUGUCAUAACGACUUUUGUAGAGUGAAUUGUAAAGGUUAAUGUGAAUCGAUGAUAUUUGUUAAUUCAUGCAUACUUUGGUGGGUA